AGGUGAUGAAGAUGGACAGAAGAGACGUCCAGCUGGUUUGCUCCGUGCUGCUGUGUAUCAUCACCCAGGUGUGGUGUCAACUGUGCGCUGGACCAUGUCAGUGUGCACACACCGUGCCACGCUGCCCUGCCGGGGUUCCUCUGACAUUAGACAGCUGUGGGUGCUGCCAUGUGUGUGCCAGACAAGAGGGCGAUGCCUGCACCGACCGGCUGCCCUGUGACACCCAACGAGGGCUGCAGUGUGACUACAGCGCCAGCUACCCUGGAGGGCCGGGACAGUGUGUCGAUCGGAACGAGCUGGGCUGUGAGCUGAAUGGCAGGCGUCUAGAGGAGGGGCAGGUAUUUCAACCUUCCUGUGCCCAACUGUGCUACUGCCUGGGAGGAGGGGUGACCUGCGUGCCUCUGUGCAGUGAUGACCUGCAGAGGCCUGCUGAUAAGUGCCCCAACCCUCAGCUGGUCCGACUGCCGGGGCGCUGCUGCAAAGAGUGGGUGUGUGACGGCCUGGACAACAGUAUUUCCUCAAAUCCAUCAGCAGCAGAGCAGGCACGUCAGGACUACGGGGGUGGGCUCUCUGUCCCGUCGCUUGGCCCCAUCCCAAACUGCAUCGAGUGGAGCACAGACUGGAGCCCCUGCUCCCACAGCUGUGGCCCAGGUGUCUCCUCCCGCAGCUCAAACAGGAACUGGGCUUGUCGGAUGCAGACUGAGACCAGGCUGUGCCAGGUCAGGCCAUGCCAGACUCUGCUGCCGGGGCUCCGAAGACUGCAGCCGGGGUCUGGAAUGUGCGAGAGCAGCUACAGUUCACCUCUGUCCAUUCAGCUUGAACACCAGGGCUGCUGGAGCACCAGGGCCUACCGUCCCAAGUUUUGUGCCUCAACCUGUCCGGAGGGACGCUGCUGCAGCCCCUCCCACACCAGGACGAUGUGGAUGGUUUUCCGCUGCCCCCAGGGCAAGAUCACCCAGCAGAAGGUGAUGAUGAUCGAGUCCUGCUCCUGCAGCAUCUCCAACUGCCACCAGUACCCAGCCACAGCAGCCCGGAGCCCCCUGCCCUGGCUGUGAGGUGUGACCCCACUUGUGAGAUAGAUGGGCAGGUCCCAUCUGUGAGGAAAACGGAGGAUGAAAAUUACCACAUGUACACACACAAGAAUGUGUCAGUGUAGAAAGUUGAGCCAGUGUUUCAAAAUUAUGGAAAUACUAUAAUCAGGAUGUGAAACUUGACUUUCGACCAAAGCUCUUGAGAUUUGAGAUUGUGUAUUGUGUAUAAAUUUGCACUCAUAUUUGAAAAUAUGUACUAAGAGUUGUGCAGUAAUCUGUAUCCAGAUUUUAAAACAACAACUUAUUCACAUUUCAUAUUAAUAUUUCAAUGUUCCUACAAAUUCUAAUGUCACCAUAUCCAGCCAUAGGAAUCCUGUCCACCUUUUGACAAACUCAGAUUUAUAUGGAGAUUUUAAAGGGGGCGUAUCAUGCACAUUUCCAGCUCUCUUUUUAUUCCAGGGCUUUACUUAAAUGUCUUUGUGUGAUUUACAGUUUAAAAAAACCCUAUAUAUCUUAUACUGUCCCCCUUACACAGCUCCUCAGUUCAGCCUCUGUCUGAAAUGCGCCGUUUUAGCUCCUGUCACUGUAAGGCCCCCCGCUUCCUUCUGGCAGUUCCAGAGGCAAUGUAAACAAACAAUAGUAGUAGAAUUUCACUCCUGUCUCUCAUUCAUUCUCAAAUUGGAACAUUCUCAAAUACAUUUGUAUAAGUUCGAGCCCAAAUGCUGGACAAUGUGGACAACACAUGAAACAACCUUAGCAACAACCUUAGCAACAAAGGUUAUGGAACGGAUGGCUGUUUGUGGGCAUGCGCAAAA